AACCAAAAUGUUUAGUUACGUCACGGCGGUCAAAGUUCACCAGUUCGCCUCUCAAAAUGGCGGACGAACCUACACGAGAGUGGAGCGAAGAGCAGCUCAAAAGUGAUGAUUUGCCCAAAAAAGACCUCAUAAAGUUCAUUCAGGACAAUGCAGCCAAAUCGUUCCUCAAUGAGCACAAGCUGCUGGGAAACAUCAAGAAUGUGGCCAAAACAGCAAAGAAAGAACAACUGGUUAUCGCCUACAACCAGCUGUUCGAGAGCAAACGAUUUAAAGGCACCGAACCAAUCGAAGAAGUGACAGAGCAGGUCAAAGCUGUCAAAAUCGAAGAAAAACCCAAAGAAGUCAAGGAGGUUGUGGACGAGGGUCCACCCAAGUACACCAAGUCAGUACUGAAGAAAGGUGACAAGGUAAACUUUCCGAAGAAAGGCGAAACUGUGAGCUGCUGGUACACUGGUUCCCUGGAGGAUGGGACUGUCUUUGACACUAAUAUCCCCGCAGCGGCGAGAAAGAAAAGGCAAACUAAACCACUGAGCUUCAAAGCUGGCAUGGGCAGAGUCAUCAGAGGAUGGGAUGAGGCCAUCAUGACGAUGAGCAAGGGUGAAACAGCUCGACUGGAGAUCGAACCAGAGUGGGCUUAUGGAAGGAAAGGUGUCCCUGAAAACAAAAUUCCACCCAAUGCAAAGCUGAUUUUUGAGAUCGAGCUCGUGUCUGUGGAUUAACUGCCGAACGUUGGCCAGCAUGCACUUCAUUCAAAGGAUGGAGGGGGAGAAAAGAAUCAACAGCCUUGUUGAAAAGAUUCGAGUUAAAAUGAUAUUUGGACUGCACUGUUCUGUUUCUACUUUGUCUCAUCACGUUACAGGAAACAAUGAUCGGUUAUUACAGUGUCUUAUGUUUUGGCCCAAAAGUGGCGGCUUGUCAAUAAUGUAUAUAUGAGACACCCUGAAACCUUAUUCUCUGUAUUUUUCUUUUUCUUUUGCAUGUAAAUGUAAAAUAAACCUGUUUCAGAGACUUAA